AUGAGAACCCAUCUCUGUUUUCAGAUUUUCUUGAUAUCUUUUUAUCUAAUCUUGUUUGGUGUUUCUGGUCGAUGUCAAACUGGCCAGCAAUCAAUCUUGAUCCAGUUGAAGAACAAACUUCAAUUCGAUUCUUCAGCUUCAACAAACCUGGUGUCUUGGAACCCAAAUGUCACAACAGAUUGUUGCAUCUGGGGAGGUGUCAAAUGCAACUCCAGAGGCCAGGUUGUUGUUCUAGACUUAAGCAACGAAACUAUAUCUGGUGGUAUUGAUGAUUCCAGUGAUCUGUUCGAUCUAGAGAAUCUUGAGAACCUAAAUCUCGCAGGAAAUAAGUUCAAUUUCAUACAGAUUCCUUCCAGAUUUGGGAGUCUUGCCGGUUUGAAGUAUUUGAACUUGUCAAAUUCAGAUUUUUCAGGCCAGAUUCCUGAAGAAUUGUCACAGCUGACAAGCCUGGAAGUUCUUGAUCUCUCUUCGCUUUUCUCCUACGGCAUUCGUUCACUAAAACUUGAGAAACCGAACCUAACCACGCUUGUUCAGAACCUCACAUUGCUUAAAGGUCUUUAUCUGGAUAAUGUGAACAUAUCGGCACAAAAAUCUGACUGGUGCCAAAGUCUAUCAUCGUCUUUGCCUAAUCUGGAAGUUUUGAGCUUGUCAAAUUGUCAACUUUCAGGCCCAUUAGAUGACUCCCUUGCGUACCUGAAGUCACUUUCUAUAAUUCGUCUAGGUCUGAACAAUCUGAGUGCUCCAGUUCCAGAUUUCUUUGCAGACUUCAGGAAUCUGACAGUUAUGCAUCUUGGUGCUUGCCAUUUGAAUGGAAAAUUUCCCGAGAAGGUCCUCCARUUGCRGAGKUUACAGACUCUGGAUUUAUCAGUUAAUACAGAUCUUAAUGGUUCUUUACCACAUUUUCCUACGAACGGAUCCCUUCRAAUUUUAGUGCUCAGMAACACAAACUUUUCAGGGGGGAUACCAGAUUCUAUUGGAAAUCUUAAGAACUUAUCCCGGAUCGAGCUGUCCRAGAGCAAUUUCAGUGGAAKAAUCCCAAAGUCCAUGGAAAACCUCACCGAAUUGUCAUACCUAGACUUGUCAUCAAACAGCUUUAUUGGCCAAAUCCCAUCAUUCCAGCUGWGUAAGAAUCUUACCCAUAUUGACCUCUCACGGAACAGCUUAUCAGGAUUKAUCCCUUCUGCUCACUUCCAAGAUCUUCAAAAUCUUGUUCUAGUGGAUCUMAGAUUUAAUGCAUUCAAUGGAAGCAUACCUUCAUCUCUGUUCUCUCUGCAGYUAGUGCAAAAGAUACARCUUUCCAACAACRAUUUYGAUGGUGAAYUAGCYAACUUUUCUAAUGCAUCUGCAUCUUUGUUGGAUACUCUUGAUUUAAGCAGUAACAAACUGGAAGGAAAAAUUCCYAGGUCUUUCUUUGAACUUCGACAGCUUAGCAUCCUCUUACUAUCGUCAAACAAGCUGARUGGCAAGAUAGAAACCAAAGAUUUUCAGAGUCUGACCAACUUAACGACUCUUGAUCUUUCAUUCAACAACUUGUCUGUUAUAACAAACAGCARUAUMUCUGGCUUGUCUCAUCUUCCAAAGUUGUUCUCAUUAAAGCUGGCUGCAUGCAAUCUUCAGAAGUUCCCUCAUCUACAAAACCAAUCAAGAUUGAUAAAUCUAGACCUUUCCAGAAACAAAAUUGAUGGAGAAAUACCAAGCUGGAUCUGGAMUGUUGGUAAUGGAAGCCUUUCGUAUAUGAACCUUUCUCAUAACCACUUUACCAGCCUCCAAAAGCCCUAUCAUUUUUCUAAUCUUAGUGUCCUUGACUUGCAUUUCAAUAACCUCAGUGGGGAGAUUCCGACUCCCCCAACAACUGCUACCUUCAUCGACUACUCUGACAAUCGUUUCGAUUCGGAUCUCCCUGAAAGCAUUGGGCUAAGCCUUGGUAUGGCCUACUUCUUUUCUGUUUCCAACAAUUUACUCACUGGGGUGAUCCCUAAUACCAUAUGCAAUGCUAGCUACCUUAAGGUUCUUGAUUUGUCAAACAAUCGUUUAACCGGAAGGAUACCACUGUGUUUCACUGAAUUUGGUGGCAACCUUGGGGUGCUGAACUUGGGAAACAAUGGUCUCAGUGGUCGAAUCAAGGGAAAUUUUCCGAGCAGCUGCGGCUUGAAUACUCUAGACCUGCAUGGAAAUUAUUUGGAAGGGAAGAUCCCGCCAUCUCUUGUCAAUUGCACAAUGCUAGAGGUGUUAAACCUUGGGACCAACAGGAUAAACGACACUUAUCCAUGCUUUUUGGGUAACCAUACCAACUUGCGUGUCCUUGUUCUGCGAUCGAACAGGUUCCAUGGGUCUGUACGUUGUGGUGAAGGUCCACACAACAAGUGGCAAAAACUUCAGAUUCUAGACAUAGCUCUCAAUAACUUUAGUGGUGAAGUCCCAGAAGAUUGUUUCUGGCAAUGGAGUGCUAUGAUGAGUGGUGAACAAUCACGUAAGGAACACCUCAGCUUUAUGGUGUUACAGCUUAAUGACUUCUACUACCAGGAUACUGUGACGGUCACGGUCAAAGGACUAGAGUUGGAGCUAGUGAAAAUCCUGACGCUCUUCACAUCCAUUGAUAUCUCAAGUAACCAUUUUUCAGGGAACAUACCAAGCGCAAUUGGGCGACUCAAGGAACUGUAUCUUCUCAAUGUAUCACACAAUGACUUCAAAGGCUCUAUCCCAUCAUCUAUAGGAAAUUUGAGUCAGCUAGAAUCGUUAGACAUGUCAUCGAACCAACUGACAGGAGAGAUCCCAUCACAGCUCGCUACUCUUUCGUUCCUUUCUUUGCUUAAUUUGUCAAACAAUCAACUGAAAGGAAGAAUCCCAACAGGCUCCCAGUUUCAGACCUUCUCAGAGUCAUCAUAUAAAGGAAACAAGGGAUUAUGCGGUUUUCCAUUGAACAAAUGCAAUAGUUCAGUUAGACCAACAUAUGCACCAAAUUCCAAAGAAUCUAAGAACGGAAUUGAUUGGCAGUUCAUAGUCACUGGGGUAGGAUUUGGGGCAGGAGCAGCCAUUGUUAUGGGUCCUCUUGUGUUGUCUAAGCAAGGGAGAUACUUCUGGGACAAGUACACAAACAAGCUUGUAAAAAUGAUCUGUCUGGCUCUGGGCAUCCAUUAUGUGCCGUGUGUUUUAUUCAAUGACGACGAAGAUGAUGAAAAGGAGACAGUUGACAGCAACGAGGACUUGGAUGAAAGCGAAUACGAGUCAGAAGGUGAUCCAUCUAAAGGAAGGUACUGUGUGUUCUGUACCAAACUUGAUUUCUCUAGGACGGAAGCCAUUCAUGAUGCAAGAUGCACCUGCUUUAACCGAACACAAGUAUUUUCUACUUCUUCUUCAACUUCUUCUUCAGAAGCAGAGUCUCCAUUCUCCAAACUGUGA